GUUCAGGACACGAUCCGAUCGGACCGAUCCGACUCCGGCAAAACUUAUAGUUUACCCAUCACUAUUUUAUAGUUUUAAAACCAUAUAUUUUCAGUUAUUAAGCGUGAUUAAAAAUGUUCUGUUUACUGUGCAUUAAGCAACUGAACUAGCAAUCAAUUAACAGUUCAUGUUGGUUGCUUUCAUUACAUCUACAUAUGUACCCUGUGUUAAGCAGCUUUACAUAUGCGCACUAAGCAAAAGUCAUACCUGCAAGACAGCCCCCAUUCUAUGUGUCUCCAAUGACGAGCUAAAACAUAUUUUUAAGGCUUUAUGAGCGUCAUGCACAUCACCUGCGUUUGCAUUGUUUUGGCGCAAUCUUUGCUUACGGAUCUCGGUCGAACUUUGCACCGCCCAGACCGACCGACCCAGAAAACCAUUGUGUUUCUUUAAGUGGCAAAUUUGUAUUCCAAUGUUUCCCUUUUUUCAGUCAUUUCGCAUCCAGCUGCUACUGCUGAAAUCGUUUACCUUGAUCUGUCACUAGAAUCAUGGCGCCGGAGGGUGCUUUCAACGAACGAAGAAACAAUUCAACUACUCCCUUAGAUCGUCGUUUCCGGGAAGUUGCAUUUAUCGUUUCUAAUCCAAAACACAGAAUGGUAUCAAAUUUUCGGCAAUUAAUUCCGCACAACAAUGCGCGGCGAUACCAUUCGAAAAUUCCAUCCAAACCCUAACGCCAUAACGUCUUCGCGAUCGAGUGAAUUGAGGCGUAACAUUCUCUCUCCGUUCGAAAGGUAUACGAUCGAACGAAACUGCACAAUUCAGGAUAAACUUUCACUUACAAACGUUAGCCUGCAACCAAAGCAUAGAUUUUCUUUUCCAUGCUGAGCAGGUUGCACCAGGUUUUUCCUUUGGAAAUGGUGGAAAUCUGUUACGAUUUCCAUUAUGACAAACUGGAACAUUAUUCCCAUCGAAAUCAUACGUAAUCACAGAUGCAUUCGCCCAAAAAAAAGCAAUCUACUGCCAUUCCAACAUAAUUAAAUUCUCGUUUUUAGGUUCACCGUAACCCACUUAUGCAAUCGCCAAACAGCCAAAGAAGACGUUCCGUACCGUCCUAACACCCAUUGGAAUGCCGUGGGCUACUUUGCAUCCAUCUAUGGGCUUAAAUUUCCAUUUGCAACAUAUUGCAAUCCCGACGACAGACCCGGCACGACUAACCGUUGGGCAAAAACUCAAUUUAUGCAGAAAAAAGAUUACAUCUGCACACACACUCAUCCCUCUUGUAGUGCGAGAACUCGUACAUCACAGUUCGGCACACGAAAACUAACUCCAAUGUGACGCCCAAACCCCUAAAAGACACAAUUAGAGUGGCACACAUUUUACAGCCUUAUUGUAAGCAGGACGGAAAUGGGAAGCAAAACACUUUACUUGCGACAUUUCCAGCCCAUUAAAGCACGCCGAAAGAUCGCACACGGCGAGCAUAACAUUUUCAGCCACAUUAAUUGCGACCCAUGACGACGAUCGGAUCAUCUUCGCGCCUGUAUCUUCGAGAUGCAAAUACGAUGUGCGACAUAAAACGAGACAAGAAAUGGUUAACAGCCGAGUACGGUAAGUGCUGCAAGAAACAAAAGACAAGCAGUUGGUACUAGGCGUUUAAUCGACGAUUUUGAUGUUUAGAAGGCGUCGGCCGAGAAAAAAAAAAUCAACCACUACUAGCCCUUUUUGCCAGGUGGUGAGAAAACCCAUCAACCACUAGGCAAAAGGCGAUAGAAAAUGGAAAUUAACGAACGAAACUCCGCAUACCGACCGCACCGAGCGCCCGGGUUUUUUGAGUUUUCGCGCAAGAGAAGGGGUUUGGAAAAUGCAAACGCUUCGGCACGACUCGAUGGUGGUGUCUGCUUGCCAAGGUAGGGAGAGAUCUACGCGAUCUGCAUCAGGUGGCAGUGGAUGGCCAGUUUUAAUAUGAUUUUGAAAAUAAAAAUCAGUUGGUGAAAAACGCUCGUUCGAAACGGUUCACAUUUGCGGCACAGCUUAAAGGCUGUGGUUAAUAGAUAGAGAUAUCACCGAUCGAUCGAUCGAUUAGAGCAAAAGUGCAUCAAAUAUCAUUCUAAUUCAAGUGUCGCUAUACUGAUACGGUCAAGAUGUACGGUGAAUAGUGUGCACCGUUUAUCCCCUAACUGCGGGGACUGGUUUUCCCUCAAUAGUGAAGAACACGCUACCAUAACUCGCUUCAGCGACAAAAUAUUAGGCUCCAAGUGCUACGAUCGAUUUGUGUGAAGAUCAUUACAGAAAAGUUGCAAAUAUUCGUGAGGAUCUCUAAUGCAACAAGGUGAUUAAAAGCGCGGUGGCAAUAGACCGGGCCGGACUAGUUGGCUUUUGUAUCCGUUUUCACGGGGGGGUGCAGUGCGCGAAAAGUGUGUAUGUGCUAUUAGUGUGUAAAUGUUCUGCGCCCUUACGGCUUUCGUUCUGCAGCUGUAUAAGACGAAAAUCCAACGAACGAUCCAUCACUGUCAGCGGCCAAUCACGUUCCGCCAUGGAUUACAACGGACGUACAAUGAACAUUUGUUUAAUUCUUUUCAUGGUAAGACUACAGCCAGUAUACGGGGGAGUUGUUAACUGAUCUUACGACACACCACACACAUAUCCCUCUGACUCGCGGGCCACAGCCUCACAGGCAUUUCGACGAAUAAACGUUACCAAACCUCCAAGAUUCUGGUGUCGACACUACAGAAAAAAGCUGCGAAAUUCGACGACAACCGCCGUACUUUGCAUACAUCACAACGUUAAGCACAAAGCGGCGUGGUGGACUGUGGGAAAACAAUGUUUUUAUAUUAACUAAAGUCAUAUCAAGGCAAAGACGCAAGAUUACAUUGGAUAUCUGCAUGCAUCAGCAUGAACAGAAUUUUUCAAGGUUUCUUAGAUUUUUGGUUUAUCAUUGUUUUCUUUCUAAUCUAUCUGUUCAAUUCAAAAAUACGUCGUACGGACUUAAAGCAUUUAAAAUACUUUCGAACAAAGCCUUCGCUAUUGUCAUGUUCAUAAACAUUGUAACGAAUGGCUAUUACAACGACUUUGAAAAAUCGUGACGAUUAGAAUCUUCAUUUGCAAACCAAUCAAACGAUUCUAAACUCACCGAUUUUCCACGCCACACUAAACAAUGCCCUACCCCAAAUGAUGGGGCGGUACAAAUUAGUUUCAUAGCCCAGCAGAUAUACCAAAGAGCCCUUGACACUAGCCUCUGUCAUGCUGUCUCGAUGAGGCAUUCGUUUGUUUAAGCUACACCCAAGCCCACCUUACGCCGCGCUGCAAUCGUAAUGUAUUCAUCAACAUUAAUGCUCCGUUGAUGAUUGCCGGCGUCCAUCGGUCGGCCACCUAGGCACGGGCAAGCUGGGUCAAACGCCAAGCUGUCUUUUUUGUGGUUCGUUUAAUUACGAACGAAAUGUAACCUCAUUGAGCGGCUGUGCAUGAGAACUUUGGACACACUCUACAGAACGUCCAAGACUAUUGUCCAAAAAUGUACAACCACCCAUAGCGUGCGUAUGGUCGAUCGCGAGAACGGGAAGCUCUCAAGGCUGUAUCGUGAUGAAGAUACAGACGAUAACACCGUAACCGAAAGAUUGGUGAUCUUGAAAACUAUCACAUCGCCCACAAAGAUCGUCAAUAAACGGUUAAUAAAUUAUACUUAAUUCUAGCAUUAAUGUAUGUUUUUGUUUAUUUGAUGGCAAAGAAAUUAAUACUUCUUUUUCAAUUCACCCAGAUAUUCAUUACCGGCAACCAUUGCCAGUUCUUCAACAACCGUGAUAUCAUUCUAACGCCCCACCAUCUGAAGACGUACCCGGGCAAGGUUCUUUACUAUCGACCGCGUGAGCAGGUUCCGUCCGACGAAAAACCCAAUACUACCGGGGACAGUGGCAGCGCGGUGCCCUGGGAGGAAGUGUUAAAAGAAACCGUUUUUCUAGCUCUGAAUGAUAACAAGACGAGCCUUCAGCAACAAUCUUCUGGCAGCACUGAACAUGCACCGCUCCUAGCGAACCGGCUGCAAAAGGUGAUCUACAACGCACCAUAUAUCGGGGUGAUUGAUCUGAGCGUUCCACGUUUUGGUGACAUCGUCGAGUUGGCGCACGGGCGCCUUGAGCAGGAGGGAGACGAUUCGUACUUUCUCGUCCAGCAGCAGAAUGGUAAACUUGACGAAAUUCGCCGUAACGUGACUGCCCUGUGGAAGGUGGAACGGAUCCGCCAUCGUGAUGAUCUGCGUGGACAUCGGUACGAGCUGAAGUUUACGAUUGCGCCGUCGAAGGUGCAAACGAACGGAGAACCGCACAAACCUGCACUGGAAGGUGAACAGGAGGAACAGGAAGCUCAGACCGACAAUCGAACGUACAUCAUUCGUGAUGAGGAUUACCCGAAAUAUUUUGCACCAAUGAUCAUUUCGCCGAACGCCAUUCCGAUGCAUCGGAAAAACGAUCAGAUGUUUGAUCGCACCUUUUUCGAUAUGGUACAAUCGCAGGCCCAUCCGCAGACACAUCAGUUUGCUUCGUAUGCACCGGCCACUCGGUUCUACCGGCCUGCGGUAGCUCCUCAACCUCAGCAAACCAUCACCCUGGGUCAGUAUCUUAUGCAGUCGCUACUGUCUGGAGGUGAAGCUCCGAAGUAUCACCAUCAUCAUCAUCAUUUUGUGCCCGGCAAGGUGGCCAGCCCAGCGUACUAUGGAGGACUAACGGCAGCCACCAGUAAUCGCAUCAAGUUCCCGGAUUCAUUUACUGGUUCCAGCCACUCGGUUCCCAAGUUCUACCAACACAUUCACUUCCAACGACCCUCGAUUGCUCCACUAGCACCAACGGCCCUUCCUGGUAGUUAUCUGUUCCACCACACGAAGGACUCGCAUGCUCCGGCACCGAGCAACAUCCAUCACGACUACACAAAGCUGGUCGAUCUUCGUGGUGCCCCAACACCAACGGCACAUGAUACUGGGGAUGCUAAACCAACCAAAGCGAAUAACGUCGCGUCGCAGAAACCUCAAACGCCUACUCAAAGCCACGUCCAGCUGCAAUCGCUGAAGACAUCACCCAAACCACAACAAUUUCCCACCCAACAGCAACAGCAACAAUUCCACCAACAGGUAGCAACGAUUUCUACUGGAUUGGGCCAGCAGCAACAAAAUGGUUCACCCGCCCAAAACUUGCUUCCACAGCAAUUUUCGCCCCAGCAGCAGCAGCAACUUCCACAGCAACCGCAACAACAACCACAACAGCAUGUCAUCUAUCGGCAACAGGUAGCACCCCAACAACAGCAGCCGCAACAGCAGCAACAACCCAUCCUGAUUCAUCCCCAUGCUCAUCCGCAAGUGGCCGCCGGAGGACCGCCGGGAUUCUUCCCCCCCUCACAUCUCAUUCAAUCGAUUCCCUUCUACAAUCCCCAAGGCCAGAUGGUGGUAAACCACAUUCCGGUCAUGUCCAAUCACCAUAUGAUACAGAUGUCCCCACCGCAACCGAUCGCCAUACCGGUGCACGUACAGUUGAUCCCUCCCAUGGCGCCACAGGGCCACCUUUACGGUCCUCAGCAGCCACAGCAGCAACCGCUUCAUCCGCAUCAGCAGGAUGGUGUUCAAGCCAUCCCGAUGCGUAUCAUGCAACCCAUCCCGAAUCCCGUCCACCUGUACUCGCCCGUCAAUCCUUUCCUUCCUCCGCUGCAGCCCCAGCAGCAACCAUUCCACCACCAUCACCAUCACAACCAGCAUCACCCGAUUGUCACCGUAACACCCAAGACUACCUCCUCCACCACCAAUUACCAGCACCAUCAGCAUCAUCCUCAUCCGGCGCACGGUCAUCAUGGAGGAAACCAUUCGCUGGUCACUCCCACUGCUGGCCAACAAACGCUCGCUUCUCCCCCGUCCCCGAAUCAUCCACAUCAUUCGCAUAGCUCUCAUUCGUUUAAUGCCAUUCCCACUGUUUUCAAGUUCACCAGUUCUAACGCGAUUCCACACCCACAGAAGACGACGAUCGGAGGUGGACCAACGUCCUCACUGUCGCCGACUGCUGCCUCGCAGCACCAUCGCCACAAUACGCCUAACGUGCAGCUGAGCGGCCCAUCCAUCAGUCCUACGCCAGCUCACCGUCACCGGUUCUCAACGCCCGGAACUGGUGGUAAUGGUGGCGGGAAAUCGUCACCCUCACCGUCAUCAGCUUCGAUUGCCACCGCUAGCUCACCAUCACCGACAUCCGCUACUCGGCCCAGCGCCCGGUAUACUUCGGCAGUCGGACAGGUGAGUGGUCCUACGGUCAGCUCGACCGCGGCCAACCAUCGUUACGCACCCCUACCAACGGUCCCGGCUUCGCCCGCUGGUCUACGGGAGAAAUUCACCGCCCCGGCUUUCCAACCGGCCGCCAGCGAGUCCAAGCAAACGUCCCGCAAGCUGGAACCGCCGACGUCCAACGCUAAAGCCGGUGUUGCCGAUGCCGUCGGAAGCCCAUCUAAUGCCGUUUCACCCAAAUAUGAAUCAUUUGGUGUCGAGAACGCCGUCACGCCGCCAGCACCCGCCGAAUCCUUGCUAUCGCCCUCGUCAACCGUCAGCAGCUUGUCACACAGUCCCCACUCGCCCACCGCUUCACCCGCUUCCCGCACAACGCUUGCCGGAGGCGCUUUCAGUUACAGCAACUUCAUCGAUGCAACGGGCGCCGUCAGUGUCACCGCAAAGUUAACUUCCGAGCAGACCUCAUCGUCGCCUCAUCAUCGUACCAGCAGCUCUACCGUACCACACUCGAUUGUGUCCUCUUCUGCCGGCUCUCCGUCCCCUACAACGCCCAUUUCCAUCACGACCCAGGCCACAUACGUUCCACCGCCCAAAUCAUACAUCCAACAGCUAGGUCCAACGAUCGGAGUGAAGUAUCCGCCCGCCUUCAAAAGCAUGCCCUCGGUAACCAUUCUUCCGCCACAAAUUGAAACUCCGAUCUCUUCCACACUCAAAACGUAUCAGUACCUCAACCACCACGACACCUACGAUUUCAUUCCCUCGCGCGUCGUUGAGUUGGCACACGUUAAAAAGAUGAAUGGCCAAAAGCACGCCAAGCGCAACAAGGCACAGAAAGGACAAAAGAUGGCUCAGAAACCCAACGGUCCUAUGACGGGACCGGCCGGACCAGCAAUGGGACCUGCCGGCAACCAUCACCAUCAUGUCACGGUUACGAGCAAUAAGCCGUUGCGCUUCUACCCCGGAGACGGACCCGAAUACGCCACUCAUCGUCCCGAAGCGCAGCUCAGCGUGCAGCUGCCCCCACCAGAGAAGGAUUACACCAUGACCUAUUACGGUACGCCGAAACACAACCAAAAAGUGCAAAGACCUAAGAACUUCGUUACACCGCUUCAUUCCUAUCAAGGCUCCUCCACCACACCGAUCCCGCCCCUUGCAGUGACCGUACCCUCAUCAGCAGCUCCCGCCGUAGCGUCCUCUGUAUCAUCACCGGCUCCCGCAAGCGCUAGUACCACUGCACCACCGCAACAAGCUACGGCACAAGCUACUCAAAUACGGAACGUUACUGUUUCGACUUUCCGGUCGGCCACUGCCUCCAGUACGGCCCAUUACUACAAGAAUCGCAAUGAAAAAUCGGACGAUCUUACUACGAUGACGAUCACCACAAUGCGACCGCGCAUGAUGCUCAAAACGAUCUACCGACAAUUCCCCGGAUCGUUCGUAUCGACCUCGACAUCGACGGAAAAGCCAGUCCAGAAAUGGGUGCCGAAGAGACCCCGGACCAGCAGUAAGUCGACUAGCGGUGAGUACUCUACAUCCACGCUGCCAUCGUCCUCGCUGCCGGUGAGUGGCGAACAGGCGGUCGCAUCUUCCGAACGCGCGAUUGAUGUCGUUACGAAAACUCCUGUCGUGGUGCCCGUUGUAACCGCGGUACGCUCGAACCUUGAUCAGCAGAUGCAACGCGUACGCGCUUCUAGAGGCCGGAGCCGUUACACGUACCGUAGAAUACCGUCCGGAAAUCCACCACCGAUCCCAACCGGCCAGCAACAGCAGGCUGGGAACAGCAUGAGAACGAGCCGCAUGCGAAACAGUAACUUUAGCACGUCCACCACAACCAUUAAGCCCAUUCCCGGUGUAACGUCUUCCGUGUUCGACAGCAAUCGAAUUGAUGGUCGAUCUUUCGAACAGCAGGAACGCAAGGCGGAAGAUGCUGUUAUGACGGCCUCCGCUAAAAACGCGUCGAAUGAAAAAAUCAAACGCGACACCAGCGAAGCGGUGGAUGAAAAUGACAACAGCGAUCGUGAGGUGGCAGUGGCAGAACAACUCGUUGCUAAGCAGGCCGAAAACAAACAAGAUGCCCUGGAAGUGACCGAGCCGGAAAAGGAAUUCGUGAUGGUGAAGGCCAACAUUUCACCGCCAAUUGCCACGAACCAAUCGAACAUGGUGUUUUUCGAGGCCAGUGAUGCCGGCACGCUCGACACUAGCGCUAAAACCAGUCCUGCCGACAGUGGUCGCUCGAUUGGAUCGACUUUCGAUGAUCUCACGAUGUCCAUCAUCAACCACGCGAAAGCGAUCGUAAAUCAGACUGAGAAACCCACGGAUGCGGCCCAGGAAGAGGAUGUGAGGGUUACGGAUGGAACCAUCGAGCCAGUUUUAGGUGGCAAAUCGAUCGAAAGCAAUGAGAUCGCUCAUAAGGACGUACUCGAGCUGGAAACAACCGUCGAAGUGACAACUACUGUCGGUAGCACCAACUCCCCAGUGACGGAGAGCACCGUCAGUGAAACGUUAGGCACCACCACAGUCGAGGAUGGAGCUGAUGGCGAUGAGGAAGUAAACCAAACGACAGUGGCUGUCGAUGUCGCUUAACGGCGUUAGUCAUGUAAUGGGUACACACUGACAAUCAUGCCACGAUCAUGCAGUUAGACACACCUUCAAUUCUCUCAACAGAACCUUCACAUCAACUGCUCGUUCAUCAUCAAAAUAAGAAUUGCAUGUAGCGUUUUAAGCCUCCGCUCCCACACUGUGGCCUUUUUUGGGAGAGAUUAAAUUAUUCUAACGUUAAUUAUUAUUUAUCUAUACUGUGACAAUACCGCAACGGAAUCCCGCACCAGAAGCGUACGUAGUACGCAUGGGGCUAGGGUAGAAACGGAUUAACAUCAUCCAUACAGAGACGUAUGGUAGCAAGAGAAAGUGAAUAAAAAGCGAAGCCAAAACACAACCAACGAACCCCAAAACGAUCAAAACCAAACGAACGGAACCCACUGACGCGAACGGUACGGGAUGCAGAGAAAGGAAGCGUGCUUCCUUUGGCCGUUCGAAUAGUAGAAUGCAAUUUUGUUAUUUUGUUUUUGUCAAAAUAAAGAUAAUUUAUAGUGUAAAAUAUUACAACCCCUGUGAGCUGUGUUU